AUGCAGGCUGCAGACCAGCAUCUAGUCCACCGCGUCCUGUCUCUUCAGGAACGCAAGUGGAAGGCGUUGGCGUCGCGACGUCAGUUGGCAUCUCGAGCCGCUACCGGUCCGUCGACCCCACGUCCGAGCGUGCCGCGAGUGUCCGUUCUGACGCGAUCUGUUCAACUCGCCGACCAUCCGAAACUCUCCAGUCUCCGACAGGCUUUACCAAAGGCAGUAAUCAUUGCGGACAUAGCGAUUCCUGAAAUUAAGGGAAUAAUGAAGAUGAGCAAGGUGGGUAACCAGACCAACUCUCAGGACCCACAAGCCGUCAACUCCAGGGUGUUUGUGGGUAACCUCAACACGUACUGCACGCUAGGCUUCUAG